CCCCCACAGCGGAGCCCCCCCACAGCGGAGCCCCGACAGGCAGGCAGGCCCUCGUUCUCCUCAGGUUGAUUUUUCAUCAUUCUCAAGUUUGCGAAGAGACCACAUCCACCCGGGGGGUUUCUUGGAGAGAGGGACGAUAAACGUUCAGUUGGCAUGUAAACACUGAAUGCACCUGAAAUCGGGAAAAAUUAAUGUGACAACGUGCCAGAGCAUCUUAAAGAUGGCCGAAGAGAUCGUGGUGAUAGCCAAAUUUGAUUACGUGGCCCAACAAGAUCAAGAGUUGGACAUCAAGAAGAACGAGAGGCUGUGGCUGCUGGAUGAUUCCAAGUCCUGGUGGAGGGUUCGGAACUCCAUGAAUAAAACGGGCUUUGUUCCUUCCAACUAUGUCGAGAGGAAGAACAGUGCUCGGAAGGCUUCUAUUGUUAAAAACCUGAAGGAUACCUUAGGGAUCGGCAAAGUGAAGAGGAAACCCAGCGUGCCAGACUCGGCCUGCCCGGCCGACGACAGCUUCGCCGACGCCGGCGAGCGCCUCUACGACCUCAACAUGCCCGCCUACGUGAAGUUCAAUUACAUGGCGGAGAGGGAGGACGAACUGUCGCUGACGAAGGGGACCAAAGUCAUCGUCAUGGAGAAGUGCAGCGACGGGUGGUGGCGGGGGAGCUACAACGGCCAGGUCGGGUGGUUCCCUUCGAACUACGUGACGGAGGAAGGUGACAGCCCCCUGGGCGACCACGUGGGCUCCCUGUCGGAGAAACUGGCCGCCGUGGUCAACCACAUCAACAGCGGGCAGGUGCUGCACGUCGUGCAAGCCCUCUAUCCGUUCAGUUCCUCCAACGACGAAGAGCUGAACUUCGAGAAAGGAGAGGUGAUGGAUGUCAUCGAGAAGCCCGAGAACGACCCCGAGUGGUGGAAGUGCAAGAAGAUGAACGGGCAGGUGGGCCUGGUCCCUAAAAACUAUGUCACCGUCACGCAGAACCACCAGUUUACCUCGGGCUUGGAACCGUCCCCGCCGCAGUGCGACUACAUCGGCCCUUCCGCCACGGGCAAGUUUGCCGGCAACCCUUGGUAUUACGGGAAAGUCACCCGACAUCAGGCGGAAAUGGCGUUGAACGAGAGGGGGCACGAAGGCGAUUUCCUCAUUCGGGACAGCGAAUCUUCGCCAAAUGAUUUCUCCGUGUCUCUGAAAGCACAAGGGAAGAACAAGCAUUUUAAAGUGCAGCUGAAGGAGAGCACGUAUUGCAUCGGGCAACGGAAAUUCGGCACCAUGGAAGAACUAGUAGAACAUUACAAAAAGGCCCCCAUAUUUACCAGUGAACAAGGAGAAAAAUUGUAUCUCGUCAAACAUCUGUCCUGAUGAACGGAUGUUCUGAAGGGACUGCGGCACGUUUUCAAAUGGACAUACGACGGAAGACUGAGAAGACGCUUUCCAGUCAUGCCAGACUGGAAAUCGCUGUUUCUAACUCUAUAUGAAAGUUGACUACAGUGCAUCCGUAUUUUUUCGUAUAAUUUAGCCCACCUCCAUAUAUACACCUUUUUAUGUAAAUAGCCUUUGUGUAUAGCGAUGACUUGCAUCUUUGCUCCUUUGGCCUGGUUAGUUCUGGAUUUUUCUUUCUGUUUUCACCUCCUGGAGUACAAACGAUCUUUUUUUUUUUGAAAUCCUCGCUAGUCCAGACAGGAGACCGUCGUGUCCGAGGCUUUCUUACUUGCCACGAGAUCUAUCUUGCGAGCGUUUCUUAUUCCCGGCAACCAUCACGUUGGGCAAGCCUUUGGCUUUGGCAUUUUUUAAGUCGUAAAAUACGGUAGCCAUGUGGAGGGCUAUGCGAAAAUAAUUUUCCCAAGAAAUGUUAAAGUUUUCUAUAUGGGACUGAAGAGCAAUAAUGACUGGAAAGGCCGUGCGUGGUCCUCAGGUGCCCCUUUUACUCAUGGGCCAUUGUAAAUACCAAAUUUUGAGUAUCAGCCAUCACUGUAUUUCUAAAAAUUCCCUCACUUUACUGUCUUUAGGUAAGGCACAGCAGAUGGUAGUACAGGUUAAAAAAAAACAUUCUGGGCAAUUUUAAUUUACAGCUGUAGACAAAAAAAAAAAAAAGACCAAAUUCUAAACACUUUUAAGAAUUGGCUCUUUCUGCUUAUCCUCCAUCUGCUACUUGCAAGAGAAUGAAGCAAUCUCUGUGAGAUAUAGCUAUAACUUUUCCAACUGUAAAUGGACUCUAUAAUAGUGUUAUUUUUUCAGUCUCACUCUAGAAUAUGUAUUUGUGCCAAUAAGAAAUGCGGUCUGGCCAGGUGUUAAGAGAAAGAGGAGACGAUAUUGAGAUAAUUGACGUUUUCUUGGGUAGAACUAACAGAUGUUAGACGCUUUUUUAAAAUAUUCUACUCUCUGCUUUAUAGCUACUUUGGGAAGCAAUUAUGAUUUUUGUUGACUUGGGUACAAAAUUUCAGACUUCUUUCCCAAGGAUGCCAUACUUACCAAAAAAAAAAAAUUGUGAAUCAGCCCUGUUUAUUUGGGAGAGGCAGAGCCGACCUGUGAUUACACUUAGUACUUUGAAAUCUUUUUUUUCUUUUUCAGAUGAUCUGUAGUGCAUUUAUUUCUUUUCUACCAAGUGCAGUGGUUUCUGGUGAAUAUAAAGUGUGAUUUCUUCUCGUAACAUAAAAUUCUAAAGACUUAAACUAAGCUAUUGCAAGUAUUUAUAAAUGUAAUUUUAUUUGCAAAUGUGUAUAAAAGCCACUUCACUUAGUAAAUGGUGGAAGUCAGUAUAAAUAUCAACAGCAAUCACCUUUUUGUGAAGUUUUUAGUUUGGUCGAGGAUCUUUUUGUUUAUAAAACUAGACCUCUAAAGUGUUCCUUAAGUAUGUGAAUUGUUCAUCUUGUUCCUCUUUGCAUCUUAAACACAGACAUUUAAUGUACCAAAGUGCUAUUGUUAAAAUUGAAGCAGCAGUUCUCUCUGUAUGUUCAAUUCAAGCUGCUUUUUAAAAUUCAUUGGUUUUUUUUUUCCCUUAAGGAUGGUUUUUGUUCCUUUAAUCAUCAAAAUAAUUUAUAGCCAGUCUUGUCGCUGGGUGGCAGGUCUGGCUUCAGAAAAUGCAGUAACUUGCCCUAAAGCAAUAGAUUUUUUGCAUUUUGCAAAUUCAGUGAAGGCAGUGACAUCUAUAGCUUCCUUUUCAUUACACCUUUACCUCCUUAAGCUUUUAUAGCACCCUAGCUCCUAGUUAACGAUCUAAUUCAGUGCCAUUUUGUUUAUAAAGCCAAUUGUUUAGACAAGUUUAACUGAAAUAAAUGUGAUGUAUGCUCACUGUUUAUGCCAUGUGUGUUUACCAUAGCUAUCAGUCAUGAAAUACAUAGUAUAAAAUAUUGUUUAUGA